AUGGCAGAUGUUAGUAAAGAAGAUCUUGAAAAGGAAAUUGGAAAAAUCCUCAAAAAUGCAAACUUGGCUCGAACCUCGACCAAAAAGGUUGUCCAGAAGUUGGAGAAGGUGUUUGAUACUGACUUAAGCGAGAAGAAGAAGAUAAUAGAUCAGCUAGUCAUGGAUUUUGUGAACAGCAAAGGUUCUGAUGAGGAAGAAGAAGAUGAUGAUGAAGAGGAAGAGGAAGAAGAAAAGAAAAAGCCCGCAAAACGUUCAGCGCCAGCAGCUAAAGCAUCAUCUAAGAAGUCGAAAAAGGAGAGCUCUGAUGAAGAAGAAGACGAUGCCAGCAAUGAUAGUGAAUCUGAGGAGGAAAGAAAGAAGCCAGCAGCAAAAAAAGGCAAAAAGAAGAAGGGCUCCGAUUCAGACAGUGAUUGGGGCAAAGCCAAGGCUAAUAAGAAGGCGGGUGGUCGCGGCAAAGGCGGUGGCUACACAAGAGCGUACAAACUAUCACCAGCUCUUGCCGAGUUGAUGGGUGAAGAGGAAAUGCCAAGACAUGAAGUGGUCAAGCGGGUGUGGAGCAUCAUCAAAGAGAAGAAUCUAUACGAUCCAAAUAACAAACAGUUUGCCAUCUGCAAUGAUGCCUUAUACAAAGUUAUUGGUACCAAACGAUUCCGUACAUUUGACGGCGAAACAUCAAUGAACACCCUAAAAAUGCAAUUUGUUAUGCAAACGAACUACGAUAAAUUACAAAAUCUCAUAGACAAGCAUUUAGACUCUAUAGAUCAGUGUUUAAGGCCCCUUAUAAACGAAAUACUGGAAGAGGAUCCAGACUUAGACGACGAUGCUGCCUUCAAAAAGCUGUUUAGGAAGAUAUCUAUUUAUAUUAUUUUAUCUAGUGGUCUUGGAAACCCUAGUUCUAUUGUAACUUUAAAAGAAGGUAUGGCGGCGUUAGAAAGCGUCUUCUCUUUAGAAGAUCUUAAAGUGUUCGUGGCUUUGCCGAGAUCAGAAAAAAUCAUCCAAUUGAAUGAGUUAAUGCAAAUAACAUCUGGUGUCAGGUUAUUUAAUCGAGAUUGUAAGAAGGGAGGAGAAGGAAUACCAGAUCUGCCAUUUAAUAUCGUGGAUGCUGGCAAAGCAUGUCUGGCAUCUCUCUCUAACUCGCUAAUAGCGGUCAUGCAGAGAGUCAACUCGCUAACUUCGGCAGUGGCCGACACUAUCGCCAUACAGGAUGAGACUGGAAACGUCAUUAUAGAUAUACCACCUCAAUCUGAGUUAACUGAAAACGAUUACAAGCAAAUAUUCGAGCUAUUGGCUUUUAAUCGUCAAUAUGAGUUGUACAUCAGAAAAUUACUAUCAGACGUAGAGAGUAUGGCACAGAGCGGAGCUCAGUUUGUUGACAGUGUGAAGGUGGCCUUAGAGGAGUUACAUGCAGCUGUUAAAUAUAAGGCCGCUGUGCCCGUUGUCACUGUAUUUAACGUUAUGUUUUUAAUGUCAACUGUCAACAAAAUAAUGUCAACUCUCGCUACAAUACAAAAUCAGAAAAUGCCCUAUGCGAUAAUAGAUAGGAUGUUAGAUGGAAAACAUGUAGUAACAGACCAGGAUAGGAUGAACAGUAAUAUCAGUAUAUCGGAGAGACUAUCUUUGGGGUCUUUGAGAAAUUAUGUAGCCUCCACGGACAGUUUUGGGGUGAAAGAGCGACAUGUACAGUUUUUAGGUUUUUGUGCGCUAUGUCUAAGCGUAGGGGCACUAGUGCCGAGCAAUAUGAAAAUCGGUCUAAUAAAAUCUAAAGGACAACGUUAUGGGUUUUGUAAUGUGAAAAUGGCGUCGAGAUUCAGUAAAGACCCACAGAGGUAUAUCAACGAAGUGUUAGAAUUCGCAAGGAACAACCCGCACGUGAUCAAUCUACUGAACAUUCUAGAAGAUGUGGAUAAAGUUAGCAAUGUGGAAAAUCUCGUCACCAAACUUGUACCUAAAACUAAAAUAGCAGACAAAGACGUACAGACAGAAACACAUCCUAUAGAUGGAUAUAUAGAGAAAAACUACACGUGGGAUAUGUGGGAGUGGAAGAGACGCGCUUGUCAAUGGGCAACAAUAGUAAAUUGUCGCACACAUUCAACACAAACACACUACAGCCAUCUCCGGUCAGAGACACACAGUCAGACGGUCGAGCCCCGCGACAAGUGUUUACAAACUAAACGAGAUGCUGCCAUCAAUACUAACCCAGAUGAUGUGUUCUUAUGGGGCUUGAGAGGGCAGAUUGGUUAUGGGCAGCAUUCUAUGAGGUUGUGUCGAGAGAGUGAUGUUGAGAGGAAAAAAGCUCAAGUAUUUACAAUAUGCAGUUGGCCGUGCAUUGAAGUACAAGAAGAGAAACUGUCCGAAGACACACAU